AAACUGCACUAACGCCAAUUAUUUUGCGGGAUUUGUGACAUAGUGUGUCUUGUACAUGUCUAGUGUGUGACUGUUUUAAGGCUCAGAAGUCGGAUAUUGAUGGUUAAACCAAUUCCAUGUUCAAAAGUUAAAGGUAGAUCCACCGUUAACGUUGGCAUUACUUUGUAAGAUAUGUUAGACUUUGAGUCAGAAAUGCAAACAAGAAACGCUAGCUUAUUCUGCUAUAUUCGUGACAGUUAAAACGUUACAUGCAAGCUUCGAGUUUUAGCGUUACCUCUGUGGGACAGUCCCGGCCUCCUGUCUGUAAAUUACCUUGAGUCACCUAACGAAGGUAACUGGCACAAUGGCUACUCUUUUCCGAAGGUAGUAAGUUGACUUAGCUAGCUACUACUGGCUUUCUGUUUGUCGAUCGAAAUGUGUUGACUGAUAGAAGGACAGAACAGUUUAUGCACUAUCAUGUGGAGAUGUCUUCAUUGGUGGCCUAUGAAGAUUCAGAAUCAGAAGAUGAUUGUCUUGAUCAAACAGAGGAGGGAACACCAACUUUCACCCAAACUUGUGAACAAAACAGGGUGUGUAAUUCCUCUCAGGUAACACCUCAUAGCCUCACCCCUGGCCCUGACAGGUCAACGGUGGAAUAUCAUGGAAGUGUCUCAGAAAUAAACAAUACUUCACAACACCCACUUUCACAGCCACAGAGCUGUUUGGAUGGGCAAAGAAAAUAUUGCAGUGCCGGGAUGGCACAAGGAAAACAUUUCACUACAGCUCCUUUACAUGCGGCUCAAGGGAAGAACUCACCACUGCAGACUCUUCCUUACAUGCCGAAAAGCUUCAGUGAUAGUUUGAAACCAGCUAAAAGACUUUGCACUGUCCCAUCUGGUGUCAGACCUUACGUCCCCAAGAGACAGAGACUUGCCACUUCAGUAGACACAGUGGACCCAAAGUUUCUGGCAGAGCAAGUGCCAGGGAAUCAGACCAGAGAAAGCCAAAUACUGUCCGAAGUGUCGGCAAGAGUAAAGCCGUAUCUUGCUCACAAUCCCAGCACUGCAGGGAUACCCAGGAGGCUUCUGAUGAGCCUUGGAGGACACCAGGGACCAGUCAACACAGUGCAGUGGUGUCCUGUGCCUCAUCUCAGUCAUCUGCUGUUGUCUGCCUCCAUGGACAAGACUUUCAAGGUGUGGGAUGGAGCAGAGAGCGGGCGAUGCCUCAGGGUUUACACCUGCCAUUCGGGGGCCGUGCGUGAUGCCUGUUGGACCCCCUGCGGGCGACAACUUCUCACCGGCUCCUUUGACAACUCGGCUGUGAUCACAGACGUAGAGACAGGGCAGCAGGUGGUGAGAUUUGACAACCAGUUCAAGCUGAUGUGUGUGGUCGUGCAUCCCAGCAGCCCCGAGGUGCUCCUGUGCGGGGGUUACAGUUCAGUGGUCAAGGCCUGGGACUCUCGCAGCUGCAAGGUGGUGAAAAUGUACAAAGCAGGGAUCCAGCAGACUUUGGACAUCCUCUUCCUGAGAGGUGGUACGGACUUUAUAACAAGCUCUGACUGUGUGAGCAGAGAUUCUGCUGACCGUACCCUCAUUGCCUGGGACUUCCAGACCGCUGCCAAGGUCUCCAACCAGAUCUACCACGAGCGGUACACGUGCCCCAGCCUGGCUCUCCACCCACUCGAGGAGUCCUUUGUUGCCCAGACCAAUGGGAACUACAUGGCAGUGUUCUCUUCCCAGCAGCCUUAUAGGAUGAACAAGAGACGGAGAUAUGAAGGACACAAGGUGGAGGGGUACGCGGUGCAGUGUGAGUUUUCUCUGGAUGGAACUAUCCUGGCUUCAGGAAGCUCCACCGGCUCCGCUCACUUCUACGAUUACCACGGUGCUCGUUCACUGCACACCCUCCACGCCCACAGCCAGCCCUGCUUGUGUGUGACUCAGCAUCACGUCCUGCCUGCAACUGCAGCCACCUGCGACUGGGCUGGUGAGAUCAAGAUCUGGCACCGAGGGCUGUGAAUAAACGAGCAAAUAUAGACUUUAAAGUUACAAGAUAUAGCCGGUCGGGCCAAGAGAGGAUUACGUUAAACUGAAAACUCAUGCGCAUAUCCAGCUUCAAGACUUUAUCUUCCUUAAUCUCUUGGCAUAAGAUGAUAAGCAUUUGGACUGGAAGUCAGCUAAUAUGCUGUCGACUGAUGCAUUUGAAAAACAGGUUUUUUUACACUGUCGUCUGGUAAAGCUUUUACGUGGUUUUGAAAAAACACCCACAUCUUUAUUCCCAUUUGAUAUGAACUUACACUGGCAAAAGAACCAAAGUCACUAUUGUGUAAAUCUUAUUAAACACAUGUUUCGUCAAAUUUGACCCAUCUGUUUUAACAAUUUGAAAUCAUGGACAGCUGUGUGAGAUGAAAGAAAGUUUCUUUACUCUUCAAAGCGUGAAAUAUUAAGAGUUGUAUCUAAAAUGGUAGGCAGUGGGAAAGCAGGCUAACCACACACACACACACAACCACAAUACGUUUAUGGUCAGUUUUUCACUCCAAAAACUGGGACUUCACCACCAUCAUAUUCUUGAAGUUAAAACAAAAUCAAAGCAAAAAAAAAAUUGUCUUUAGGCAUUUUCCAAUCAGUGGUGUUUUCCAUUCCACAUCUGCAUACACAUCACUUUUUCCAUGCUUUUUUGUUCUCACUGGCUCUGAUAUGACAUUUCCUUUCACACUGACGCUUUAGAGCAUCACAGAGAGACAACUAGAGAACUAAAAAUAAAAAAAAUAUGCCGGCAUCUGUCAAAACAUUGCCAGGUUCUUCCAAAAUCCUGCCAGUCACCAACAAAGCAGUGAAGUGCACACAGAUGCUUGUGAUCUUUUUUCAGUAUCAGUAUAGUAGAACAGUCCAUAAAAUACACUUUGCUGUUUGUCGCCGAGGGAAAUUCUAAUCACUCAGUGCUCUUUCUCGCCCUUGCGGUUGUUUAUACUGUAGUUAAUAAUGGUUAAACUGACACCGUUAUUGUCUUAAGCAACCGCUAGGUGAUUUGUGAAGCUAAAAGAUAAUUUGCAUUAGAUGAAUGGCGAAAUCCUCUGCUGCUGUUGUAGUCACUGUCUGUUUGAUAUAUAAACAGUGUCAUACUGAGUGAUUUGGACAGUGGGGAAGAAUCUUUUGGGAAAAUCAAUGCCGAAAUCACUUAAGAUAUUUCUGCGAUCUGACGACUUUUGCCUGCACAUCUGAGUCUGACAAUUUCAGAGAAAUCUUAUUCCUGUCACCAGAUUUAAAGAGACCUGGAAUUCACUGAAAUUGAGAAAGUGGGGGAAAAAAAAGAACUGAAAUCCUUAAUGAAGCUCAAGCUGAAACACUUCCCCAGCUUGUCUCUGCUAAGUAAUAUCAAACAGCAGUCGUUUUCCCAACAGCCAUCUUUAUUAAAUAAAUAAACGUACAGCAAAAAUAUAUAACCAUGCAUUAGAGACAAACGUUGACAUUUAGACCGCUGGCCUGUUGUUCCUGGAACAAGGCUGGAGGUAGGAUAGCACAGAACCGCUUCAGCCUCUUCAUUCAGGGUCAAAACAUUCGAUAAACAUAAACAUCAACUGAAACUGGAUAAAAAAUAGUCAUUGUGUAUUGACAGUUGCGUAUGUCUCUAUGUAUGUCUCAUUUUAUAUAUCAUGCCCACCACAAAAAUACCACAUAUUCCCUCGGUCCCUCUGUACAUUGGUUAAAUUUCAUUCUUUUCAACCCUAGUACCAAAUGAGAAUAUGAUUCGAACAUUUAUUGUGGCCUUUGUGGUGCUGUUUCACCUUCAUAAA